AUGACUUUACCAGACACGAACAGUACCACUCCGAAGGACAGUGAUGGCCCAGAUCCGUCUGAGUCACCUCCAAUGCUCAAUGGCGACCGUCCUAACGGCAAACCCACUUCUCAAGAGGUAGUCAUCUUACCUUUCAGUUUUCUUCUUCUCAUCUGUAUCAUCGUUUGGUUACUGGUUUUCAUAGAGAUCCUCAUUCUCUAUAGUUCUAUAGGCUACAGAAAAGAUGCUUCCCUUUGCGUAUCGGCUUUCAGGACCAUCUUCUUCUUCCUCUCUUUAAUUGCGAUCUACCUGGCCUUCUUCGAACCUGGAUUGGACUUCGAAGGUCGUACAACUAACCCGGAUUAUCUGUCGACCGGUAAGAACUGGUUGAUAACCUUCACCAAGGGUGGGCUGGUAAUCUUUGCUAUUCAUGGCUUUAUGUUACAUGCAGAGAUUGCUGUUGUUAAUGGAGAUAGGUUGAUUAAAUUGACUUUAUAG